ACGAGGAUAGAUGUAGGUAAUGCCAAUUCGAGUUUCAUAAGCGGGCUUCUUUUAAUAGAUUAAUCGGAUUGUCGAACAGGUGAAACGGAGAUUUGUGCGGUUUCCAUCGUCGGAUGCAUUUCGAGGACGGAUAACAGUGAAAAAGUUCGAUGUGUGAAAUGUUGCGAAAUUCUAUAAAAAAAAUACGGGUGGCGAGGUCAAUAGCACCGGGAUAAGUCAAGGUUAUGAAAUGAUAAACGGAGACGCUAAGUAUGGGAGAAAUGACCAUAGAAUUGUACUGGAAACAUGCACCUAAAACUUGCAGAAAUUUUGCCGAACUUACAAGAAGAGGUUAUUACAAUAAUACAAUAUUUCAUCGAAUUAUCCGAGACUUUAUGAUCCAAGGGGGAGAUCCAACAGGAACAGGUAAAGGAGGACUGUCUAUAUAUGGUCAAACAUUCAAAGAUGAAAUACAUACUGGAUUGAAACAUAGUGGAGCAGGAAUUUUAUCGAUGGCUAACUCAGGACCAGAUACAAAUGGAUCCCAAUUUUUUAUAACAUUAGCUCCCACACAGUGGCUCGAUGGUAAACAUGCUAUUUUUGGUAGAAUAUCUUCAGGAAUGACUGUAGUGCAGAGAAUUGGUUUAGUUGAAACUGAUAAAAAUGAUAGACCUGUAGAUGAAGUUAAGAUUGUGCGAGGUAAAAUAUUGAAGUCCUGAACUAUAAAAAUGAGUAGUAAAUUCUUUUGUAAAUAUGUUUCAUUAAACGUUUUUCUAUUCAGUAAUAUUUUUCAUUCAUAUGAACAAUAUUGACAAAUCUACCAAGUUUAACUCUUGAUAAUAGACAGGCAUCAGAAAUUUAAGAUUAGAAUCUGCUCAUCUUGAACUUAAUAAAUAUCUUAUCUGUCCUUUUUUUGGAGAAACUAUAAAGAGAUAUUUAAUACUUUAACUGCCGCAUAGGAUUUUAGGUGAUUUCCAGUAUUGGCAGCCAAAUGGUAAAAUAUGAAUACGAAAUUGUCUUGUACGUCACCUAUACAGACGGCUACCAAUACAAAAUUAUUUCUGUAUAUAAAUGCAAAUUCAAAAUUUUGAUAUGCGCUUUUGUUUCACAAUAAUAUCUCAAUAUUUAGUGGGACAAGCACAUAGCAAUGUGGAGGAAUACGCCACAGUUUCGUUUGGCACUUCAAGUUUCGAGUCACUUGGCCACCGUCUGUACAGGUGGCAGUAAACGUGUUAACAAUGCUUUCAACAAAAAGAAAAAUAUGAGAAUGAAAUCUACUUGUCACUAGAUCUUAGAUUUGUUUAUUUGUAAACUAAUAAACUUUUGUCCAUUA